AUGACAGAAGACGAAAGAAAAGAGAAACUACGUCAAGUCCAGUCGAGACUAGAAGAAAUAGAAGAAUUAGUGAGAAAAUCAGCCGAACUCACAGGCUUAUCAACUGACGAAGACACUGAGAUGUCUGAUCCCACCGAGAUGUCUAAGCCCCUUCCAAACUGCUCUUUCGAGGAAGGAGGCUUAUCUUUUGAUUUCAGUAAAGCCGCCGACGCCAACGCAGUAGGUCUACCGCUAUUCUUUCAUAAGAAUAUGCAAACCCUGCAAGGGUCACUUCCUCUUCCAAUCUUCAACAAACUGUGGCAACAAGCAGCUUCCGAUAAUCACACCGAUUACAAGAAGAGCGACAAAGAGAUUGAGAAGUACAGAGGUCAUCCUUUCCCUGGAGAAUGGUCCCAGUCCAGGUUUGAAUGGAACGAAAAUUUCGACACACUAGUAGAAAUGUGCAGGAGAGUCUACAAAUACUACUCCUUCGCCAACGCCCUAGAAAUUCACAAGAAAAACGUUAUCAGAAUUUUCAAAGAUCAACGUUCCUGGGUUAUAGCUUUCAGAUAUGACUUAACCAUCAGGAAGGCAACUUUCGCAGUCAGAAACCCAAACGACAAAAUCCCCAAUCCAGCGCUAGAACCUACAGGACUAGUCGACGAGAUUUAUUACGCUGCCAGAGCUCAAGGUGACCUAAAUCUUGACGACAACCCUUACAGGAAAGGAGGACCAAAAUUCGGAAGAAACCCAUACGCAGACAUCACUUCUGAUCCAUCCUCAUCCAAUUCGAGUCAAGGCAAUGCCACAUCAGGACAAUCCAGACCCUACAGCUCUGGAAGAACCCAACCGAGAUCUCAAGGACCUUAUGGUAACUACAAAGGAAAGAAUUUCAACCCCAGCUAUAAGAGACCAGAAGGAAACAGAUCAGAUAAUUUCAAAGGAAAAGGAAAAGAAAAAAUGUAG